UUUGUCAACAGGCGAGUGGACAGGAGAAGGAAGGGCUUACGAUUCCACAAAAUUAAUGGCAUCGUCAAACGCCGUCGGACAGAAAUAUUGAUCGAUCCAAUCAAAGAGCAGCUUUCAAGUAAAAAAGUCAUCUACAUUUAGGUUUAUUAAUAUACAAUUAACUUGUAUUAACUACUUUUACUUGGCAUUUAAUUUGUUUUUAGCAUUAAUUACUGUUAUAAUAAAACCAACCCUGAUAAGAUUUGUUUACGAAUUAGACCGAAGAAUCUUCGAACAUUGCAGGGGAGACUCUUCUGGUCAAAGCGUUCUUGAAUUCAGAAACCAACUGUUUGUUUCCACGCUAUCGGAAUUAUUGGCAUCUGCUGUAUUUGGGACUUUUCCAGUUUUGUUGGGGUUUGGAGAUUUUGGGGUUUGUGGGUGCUCAUCAUCAUGUUGUGCUUUUGAUAAUCGAAUUUGAUUUUGAUUGUAUUGGGAGAUUGGGGAAUUGCGAUAUCUGUGUUUCUGGAGAAUCAAGGGUUUCAAAAGUUUGGAAUUUGGAUGGCGAAUUAUUAGGGUUUUUUUGGGAUACAUUAGGAAUUUUGACCCAACGAUUGAGGUGGUUGACGGAUUGCUGCUUGGUUUUUGAAUCUUUGGUGUUUGGGGAUUUGGGGUUAAUUAGAAUGGAAGAGUCUCAGGGCAGUUCAAACUCGCUGCCUCCUUUCCUUACAAAGACGUAUGAGAUGGUAGAUGAUCCGGCGACAAAUUCAGUUGUCUCAUGGAGUCAGAGUAAUAAAAGCUUUAUUGUGUGGAACCCUCCAGAGUUUGCUAGGGAUUUACUACCGAGAUACUUCAAGCACAAUAACUUCUCCAGCUUCAUUAGGCAGCUCAAUACUUAUGGUUUUAGAAAAAUUGAUCCGGAGCAAUGGGAAUUUGCAAAUGAUGAUUUCAUAAGAGGUCAGCCACAUCUUAUGAAGAACAUCCAUAGGCGAAAACCGGUUCAUAGCCAUUCCUUGCAGAAUCUCCAUGGUCAAGAAUUUCUGUCCUCUCAAGUAACUGAUUCUGAAAGGCAGGGUUUUAAGGACGGAAUUCUUAGGCUCAAACAGGAAAAAGAAAUGCUCAUUUCUGAGUUACAGACAAAUGAACAAGAGCGGAAAGAACUUGAGCGGCAAGUUCAGAUUUUGAUGGAGCGCUGGAGGCAAAUGGAACAAAAGCAGAAAAAUUUGGUUUCUUUUCUUGCCCAAGCGUUGGAGAAACCAGGGCUUUCCUUAGAUCUUGUUCCACAAUCCGAAAGUCAUGACAGAAAGAGGAGAUUAACCAGAAUUUGUUACUUUUAUGAUGAAGCCAGCGAGGAGAAUCAUAUGGGGAGUUCCCAAGCAGUACCUAGAGAAAAUGCAGAUGCUACUACUAUCGUGGCAUCAAAUGUGGAGGGGUUAGAGCAUAUGGAGUCAUCCUUGCUGUUUUGGGAGAAUACUGUACGAGAUGUAUCCCAAAUCCAUGCUCACUUGAAUUCUGACCACCUUGAUUUGGACGAAUCUACAAGUUGUGCUGAGACCCCUGCUUUGUCUCUUGUGCCUCUUAAUGUUGAAUGUCGGACUAAAUCACCUGGGAUUGACGUGAAUUCUGAGCCUGUUGUCCCAGCUGCUCCAGAGCUUGUUGCCUUGAAAGAACAAGCUGGUGGGACUUCAGCUCCUGUGACUACGGGGGCGAACGAUGUCUUCUGGGAGCAAUUUCUGACGGAGAAUCCUGGCUCGACUGAUAGUCAGGAAGCUCAAGCAAAUAAAAACGGUGAUGAUGGGAGAAAGAACGAAAGCAUGCCUAGUGAUCAUGGAAGAUUUUGGUGGAACGUAAAUAGUAUAAAUAAUCUUGCUGAGCAGAUGGGACAUCUUACUCCUGCAGAGAAAACGUGAAAUUGGUUUAUUGUUGUUUCUGGAUUUUGAUGACUCCGUAUAUUGGUUAUAAUAAAUCUAGGUAUGAUUGAUUUUAUUUGGAAAUAAUAGAUUUUUAACGUUUUGGCCAUUUCAUUGUUUAGUUUUGCUGGACUAGUUGAAAAGUAUUGGUGCUAUUAUGAUAUACAGUUUAUGAGAUGUCCCUUGGUACUAA